AUGAUCUUGAUCAUUCUGCUGGCACUAGUAGGAGCUGCUGCGGCAGUACCCAAGGGUGAAGAAAGAAUCGUCGGAGGCUCUGAGUGUGCUCCUCACUCACAGCCAUGGAUGGUGUCUCUCCACUACGGCUACCACUUCUGUGGAGGAGUGCUCAUCAAUGAACAGUGGGUGCUCUCUACUGCCCAGUGCUGGUACAAUCCCUACAGCAUGCAGCUCAUUUUGGGAGAUCACGAUGUGCGUGUGUUUGAGGGAACUGAGCAGCUUCUGAAGACAAAAAAUAUUAUCUGGCACCCCAACUAUGACUACAAGACUCUGGACUAUGAUAUUAUGCUAAUUAAGCUGUUCCACCCAGUGAAAGUGACUAAUGCGGUGCGGCCAAUAUCUCUGCCAACUAGCUGUCCCUAUGAGGGACUGACCUGUACUGUCGCUGGCUGGGGAUCUCUCUAUGCUGAUAGCUUAUUUAUGCCAUUUCGUCUUCAGUGUGCUGAUAUCCCAAUUGUGGGUGAGCAGGAGUGUGAGAAGUCUUAUCCUGGUAUGCUGACUCGCAGAAUGUUGUGUGCUGGGUUAAAGGAGGGUGGCAAGGAUGCCUGCUCUAGAGAUGCAGGCAGUCCACUGGUGUGCUUUGAAGAGGUGCAUGGACUGGUGUCUUGGGGUCAAGGCUGUGCCCUACCAGGCUACCCCGGUGUCUAUGUCAAAGUGUGUGAGUUCCUCUACUGGAUCAAAGACGUCAUGGCGGCAAACCCUUAG